AGUUCAGUCUAUGAGGACACCCUCGAUUCUGGCUGCAGCAGAACUCGCCCCCCCCCCUCCCCGUUCGCCCACCAGCAGGUGCAGCUGCCUCUCCCCGGGGACCCAGUUGUUGAGAAGUUUAUGCUCCUGUGACUUUGUGCUUAUUACUCAGUGAUCGGCCUCAUUGGUUACUCGUCGUCCGCGCUGGGACCACCAUGCUGCUGCUGCUGCUCGUCCUCUGCCUGCGGGUCGCCUGCUCAGCCCGAAAUCCAGACUACUCCGCGAUUACUACAGUACCCGCAGAAGGUUCCACCUCUGUGCCCUGCGGCUACUACUCCACAAGUCCUCCUCCGCUGGUGCUGAAGCUGCAGAUGGAGGAGCACCGCAACGACUCAUGGGUGGUGGUGGCGAUGGAACCUGUGGUCCUGAAGUUACUUAUGUUAGAUACGUAUUUGCCAUCUAUUCUGCUCGCUCCCGAUGGCCACAAUGACGCCUCCAGCAAUUACUCCUGCUCCGUGAACAACGUGGCCAGAACCGCUCUGAAAGUGACAGAGUGGACUAAUAUGAUGGGUUCGGAGUGGAUUGUCUGCCACACCCCUGAAAACUGGACCCUGUUGCAGUUCUCUAGAGGUGAUGACAUGAUAGCGAUGGUCCACAAAGCGGAGGCCUGGAUAAAUGUGAUAAAUGUGGACAGGAAUGGGUCAGCAUUCUUCAUCACCUCCACCGCUGAAGAGGAUGAUGGGAGUUCUCCCUCCUUUGAAGAACCAGUGAUAAAGACGUUAAAUGUGACAUGUCGGUGGUGGAGUCCACCCAACAAGGCGAAAGGGUGGCAGCUGUUCCUGGAGGGGAGAUACUGGAUCAUCGUGGCUGUGGCGUCGUCCUCUGCGCUGCUCUGCCUGACGCUCAUGGGCUGCUUCGUAAGCGUGAAACGCAGGAGGAGGGUGAGGAGACAGGCCAAGAGCAGGUUCUUCAAGGUGAGCACAACCACCAGGAAUCUCUACACAGACUCCAUCGACCCGGAGGCAGACGUUGCCUACAAGGAUCAGGAUUUCACCUAUCAGAAUGUGUCUCUGUCUAAAGUCGUCAAUGAUGAUUGUUUCUCGAACAAGAGCUCCUUCCUGUCUGUGGGUGGCGAUUCUUAUCUGGAGCCGAUGGUUGAAGGAGGUGAUCAGGUGUCCGAUGGUGGCUGCUACGAGAACACCACUCCGGAUCGAGGCGACCACCAGGGCUCCCUAGAUGGCGACUGCUAUGAAAAUGCCAGUGAAGAAAUAAAAGAUGGAUCGGAGGGGUCCCAGUCAUAUGAAGACAUGAAAGGAUCCAUCUGUCUACAAACGGAAACCGAGACUCUGCCUGACGAGGGGAUAACGCAGGACGAGGAUGCUGAUUCCUAUGAGAACAUGCAGACUCCUCUGUACACCCAACUAAAUCGUAUCAUUUACCCCCCACACAAACCCACCGAGGAGCAGGCUGAGGGCAGGAAGGCAAGUCUGGUGGACCCCACUCCCCACCUGCACCCCAGAAAAGAGUCCACCAAACUUCAAGAACUCAAUGGAGAUUUUUAUGUUUCCUAUGAAACCAACAACCUGUGACAGGAGCCGAGCGCAGAGAGGGAAUCCCCGCAGCAGCACAACCCUCAUCAGAGCAGACUAUGGGGCGUCGGGACUGUGCGCUGGAUCCGCACCAAGGACCUAUGGACAUGUAUGAAGAGGUCUACUGACUCCGUUCCUGGGCUGCAGAGCUGACAAUUCGUGACUUUACUGAUACUCAACAAUUUCCUGCGCCGACCAGUCAGGGAUGUGAAAAAGACGCCAUCUUCAUAAAGAGGAGACAUCUUUGGGGACAUUUCUUGUUUGCAGUUCUCACAUUGGCCACUAGAUGGCGACACAACAGCCGAAGAGUCGGGAGAGUCUUGUUUUCCGACUGCUGUGAAGACGCCAAUGUGACCGCACUGAAAUAGACUGAGCCACGAGACGCCGCUUUUUAUACCAAAGGACUCGUUCUGUUCUUAUCUUAGUUUUGGUUGAAUUUUAUUACAUUUUAGAUACUGAUAAUUAAAAGGUAUAAAAAAAAAAAACAGGGAAACGUAAUGGAGGCAACGCCAUCCUGCGACAUUCCUUUAAUCCGGCAUCUGAUCGCCCAGCUAGCAGACACCUCUCUGAAGUGAUGGCGGCAUUCUCCUAGAGGUCACGAUUAUAACCGCCUGAUAAUCUGGAAUAUCUGGUCGUGUCUUAUCAAUGCCGAAUUAAAAGAGUUUUUAUAAAAUAAUAUUCCAUUCGAUUAUACACCCGCCGCACACCUAUGAUGGGAUAUAGCGCACAGCGGGACAGGAAAC